AUGCCGCGACGUCGCGGGGAAUAUGCAUUGGUAAAAUCAACAUCAUUCACAUUGUUUCCUGUACUGGGUAAUAUUAAUUCAAAAGAAGAUGCUAAUUUGAAGAAAACAAAACAGAAGCUAACAAAUAGUGGUAGUACAUCAGUGGAUUAUACAUUUAUAUCAAAUAUUGCCUGUAAAGAAUUAUCAUCAGUUAGCAAGGAAAACUGUAAAGAACGCAAAAUUGAUGCAAAAUUGUCAGAUAAUCGAGGAUUUUGCAAAUUUUUUCUACGUUCUUCCUCAGAUAAUCAUCAAGAAUUUUGGUCAUCUAAAAGUAGUCAGAACCGCACAUCGAGCUAUGAUUCAUUUCGGAAUCCUUUGAAAAAUUCUCUCGGGAAGAUUAAAUUACGAGCUACAAGUCGAAGUUGUGUUAAACAAGAAACUACUACAUCUUCUGUAAAAGUAAUCUCAGUCAUGAAUCUGAAAUCAGAUAAUUGCAACGGUCAUUCCAGGGAUGUACAGGGAAAAAUGCAUAAAAGUAAAAGUGGUGCGCUAAUAUUCUUUCUGUAA